AUGGCGCACGAGAAAGACAACAAGAUGGAAAAACACAUGGACACGGAGCAGAAAGUCCAAAAAAGAAUAAUUCUUGCUUUUGGUGUGAUUGGCUUUCUGGUAGACUUCUUCUUCAGUACUUACCAAAGUGCUGCUCAAGACAUCUUUGAAGGAACUAACAUCCCUACGCCAUGGAUUACUCUUUCUAUUGCUGCUCCAGCCUGUCUCGUAACGUUCAUUUAUCCUUACGUUUUUCAAAGGGUUCCAGUUUCUGUGGCAUGUUUUGUACUUUUUAUCGCCUCUGUCGCUGGAAUAUUGCUCACAUCACUUGCUCAAGACCUGAGAGUAAGAUUAUCUGGUGUGUGUUUGGUUUCAUUUGGAAUAGGCAGCAUGGAAGCAGUUUUUCUUUCUCUAUCGUCCGUGUACGGAGGACAGACAGUACAUAGCUACAGUAUGGGUUCAGCCCUUUCGUUUGUAGCAGGACCUCUGUCGUACGCAGGUAGGUAAUUUAUAAGAGUCCUUUAAUUUCUAAGACGAAGACGACUAUGAAGCUAGAAAAGUGCGCGGGAGAGAAUGUCGUAGUAGCUAGCGGAAGUAUCAAAUGUUACAUGUCUUAUCAUUUUGCAGAGAAGGCUUAGCUUAUACUCCUUCAAAAAAUUAACUGUGGUGACGUUUCUGAUGAAAAAAGGGAAAAUUUUAAAAGCUUUCCGAGAUGUCUACUUGUUUUUAGAAUUAUAAGCGAAAAAUCUUAAAGCUAAAUCUCUUCCCCGUAGUUGUUACCUAGCCCAACAUGAUAAGACAAAGAUUUAGCCAAGCUUAAAAGGGGGUCUUUUUUAAAUACCACAACAUGCUGAUUUUUUCGUGAAACACGCUGCUGAAAUCUAUCCAUAUAUGCAUUCAGAUUGCUGGUAUGACUUGCAGAAUUCCUAGUUUGUGACUGAAACAAAGCUGUUGGUCAGAUAUUAUCGAGAUCUACUGAUUUCAAAAAAUUAAUGAAAUACUUGUGUUUCUCUAUAAACAAGAGGCGAUCGAACAAGUGUCCCGUCACAACCACCAAAACAGUAAUCGGUGAUCGAUUGAAUAUUGGAUAUUUUCUAAAUGAACGACUAUCAACCCUUCACUUGGUUCAAUUCCACAAGUUUGGUUUCUACCUCCAUAUACAGAAAACUUUAUCUCACAUCUCCCUCACGCGCAUGCAUAGAUAUAAGUGGGAAAGAACUCUGCGUUUUUACGGCUGUAACCCUGUGAUAGUCUUAAACUACUACCUAAUAGGUUAAGGAGUGCUUCCUACGUGUCAAUGAAACAAAUUGGUUGAAAAUCGUGUAUUCAAUCAAGACAUACCUAAUAAGGCAUAUAAAGGCAAUGGGCGGGCAAAGAAUUGUGGUAACAAUCCGUUGAAUUGCGGUUAAAAAAUCCAGAUGCAUUGUGGGUUGAAAUCGAAAAAUUUUGUUCCUGUGUGGAUUAGGUCUGCUGUCUUGCACGCUCGCUUCAGGCUUGCUCGCGAUGCAGCAAAUAACCACAUACAUUGCACUUCAGAAACAGGAGAACUGUCAAUGCUAGUUUUCUGUUUAGGUAUUUCAAAAGUGCCAUGAGGUGUCUCAAAUAUGCUUGAAUAAUUCCAAGUCUCCUAAAGCCUGAUUCACAAAGAUCUCUUAAGUUAGAUCACGUCUUCGAGAAUCAGUUCACGAACAAAUCAUAAAGAAGAAUAUAUUUCUUUAACUGAAAGAAAUGAUAAUAUUCCUGUUAUCGCAGCUCUUUUUAAAUGAAACAAAUUUUGCUUGGGAGAAACCUUAAAGAGGCUGUGUCAUGGCAGUCCAGUUCAUUUUGUUUAAUUUUGCCAAUAACUCGCCCUCAAUCGCUAUGGAGCUUGAAGUAAACAAAGAAAUUACAUGGAAAUGACAAAAUCAGAGAUUCACGACAAACAAAUAUGUCUCCUGAGCAUUAUUUUUGAAGUUGCAAACAGCAGAGAUCAACUUUAAAAAAUUGUUAGGCUGAACAGUUUUCAAAAACCCUAAUUUCAAUCCGUUUCAAUCUUUUUCCGUUUUAUCCAUCCGUAGCAUCUGUUGUAUCUGUUGUGUUUAAUACUUUAACCUUCCUUUAUUGUUUAAGCGGUUAUUUUUACGUUUCUUUUAAUUUAACGGGCAUUUUGUAAUUACCUAAUUUGGCUGUAUUUCGUGACACAGCUCCUUUAAUUUACUUACAACAUUUUCUAAUGAUUGACAGGUCUUACCAUGUUCGCUUGUUGGUCUCCAGAUUUUUCGUUUCUUAUCCUCACAGCAUUAUGGAUCUUCUUGCCCAUUUCAUACAUUCUGUUAAAUGGGUGCAGCAACAGCCACAGCCCUACGUCAUACAAAGAGGUUCCUUACAUCCCACUCCAAUCUGAUGCGACUCAACAACCCGGCGUGUCAAAAUUAUCGUUCAACGACAUGUUAGUUCUCACAUGGAAGACACAAGAGCAGUUUAUCCCACUGUUUGUGGGUAUAUUCUGCAAGACUUUGUUAAUCGGUGGGGUUGUAACAACCAUAGCUUUUUCUAACAUCCCCAUCACCCCAAGGAAUCAAUAUUUGUUAUAUACAUUGGCAUCUGGGAUUGGUGACCUUCUUAGCAGGCCAUACUUGGUAUAUCUGUCUCUUUGUGCCAUUGGAGACAAGUUUGUUGUAAAGAAAACAUGGGUUCCUGCAUUACUUACUGUUUUUAUAACAAUGUUCAUGGUGUGCGACUCCUGGUUUCGACUGAUACCUGAAUUUUCUUUCGCUCUCGUGUUGGUCCUGUUCAACACCUUCCUUCAGGGUAUCGUCUAUGUCAACAGUUUCCUGAAUGCAGGGGAGGGUCUUAGUGUAGAGGAAAAAAGAUUUUGUCGGGCAUUGAUAGCUAGUGCUAUAUGGCUACCAAACGUGGUUGGAGGACUAAUAGGCUUGGAUACAGAAAUUCAACUCCGGCAACAUUGUCUGCUGUUUCAUACUGAGGCUGUUUGUUAUACAAGGUCACACACUGUAUGGAACCCCAAUGUCUCAUGUGUAAUUUAA